GCCGCAGUGAUGGGGGAAUGGGAUUUUCUCAGCGGACUCUUCGAUCACCUUCAGGCCCACUCGCCCAUGCUGGGCCGCUUCUGGCUCUUGCUGAUGCUGGUCUUCCGGAUCCUGAUCCUGGGAAAGGUGGCAAGUGACAUGUUUGAGGACGAACAGGAAGAGUUUGCGUGCAACACGCUCCAGCCGGGCUGCAAGCAAGUUUGCUACGACCAGGCUUUCCCAAUCUCUCAGUACCGCUUCUGGGUCUUCCAUAUCGUCCUCAUCGCCACACCGUCGCUACUCUUUCUCAUGUACGCCAUGCAUCAUCACAACAAGAGAAAUGGCUCCAAAUCACUUAAAGACUAUAGGGAAAGCCGGCAGAUGAGGAUGUUCUACAUUGUUCACGUGGCUUUCCGGUUAGUCGCCGAAGUGGGAUUUCUAGUCGGAUAGUGGUGGCUUUGCGGCUUCAAGGUGGAAGCCCAGUAUCCUUGCGACCGUUUCCCUUGUCCCUACACGGUAGACUGCUUUACUUCGCGCCCAGCCGAGAAAACUGUCUUUCUCUGCUUCUACUUCGCCGUCGGGGUCCUGUCUGCCUUCUCCAGCUGCGUGGAGCUCCUCUACAGCUCUGUCAAGUGGUUCUGUUCCAGGCAGAAGCGCUUACCUACACCGAUUGAUGACAGCUACAAGUUCGAAAAGCCUCAAGAGAAGUCUUCGGAAAAUACAGUGUUGGACGGAGUUCCCAGGAAGACCAGGAAGGGGAGUAGCAAGAAGGGUAAAGGGAUGCCUUAAAAGUACAAGAAUGGGAAGUAUGUGAAGGGCAAUGCUUUUAUGGUCUAAGAAAUUUUCUGAUAACUUGGAUCAAUAUUGAGAAACUGACAAAAACUAAGAACUGUACUAUUAAGAUGCUGUUAAUCACGAUUACGUUCAAUAUUAGAAGUGUCAAGAGUACUCAAGUACCAAUAUUUAUGUAGAAGUGCUGCUCUUAAGGUUACUGCUGGCAAAUGAGACAAUUUAUCAAAUCUAAGGCUUGACUUUUACAUUUCCUUCCUUGUCCUGUUGAUGUCAUUUCCAACCAAAAUAUAAUUUUGUACCACUGCGGUUUUAAUUGAACCAGAAACAUUGACGCUAAUGACCACCAUCCUGCAAAAUCUUCUGUCUCUGACUUUGUUAGCCAAACUCCAUGCUUAGUUGCACCCAUUCUGAACUGCGGCAAUUCCUGUGAUGUACCACAUGGUAAUUAUCCCCAUCAUUAAAGUUUUGUGAAGCCGUGGCGUCUAUCUCACAUUACGUCUUGACUUUAAGGAUAACUGCAGUGGUAAGAAAAAAAAAACAUCAGCGCAUCCUGACUUUUAUUUCUGCUUUCAUUUUCACUUCCUUAGUGUGUUUUUACAAAGCAGUGACUGUUGAUUGGAACCAAAAUAAUUUUGUGUAAAGACUUGCUUGGGUGGUAGCAUUGCAACGGAGACAAAGUGGCAACUAACUAGAUAGCAAUAAACAUGCAAUUCAGUUGCCCAUCCCAAUCCAAAUGGAUUACACAUCAACUGUAGCGAUUCAGCAAUAUUUUGAAAUUGCAUUCUUCAGACCACCUCCAGAGGGUCCCUAUCAGCGUCAGACAACGUCACGACGACAUCAGCAGGCAUCUUUUCAGUUAGUUUCUCUCGGAAAACCGCCAGAUAGCCACGUUCGCUGUUGCUGUGGUCACUGAGGAUGACGUUGGUUCCUUUGGCAACCACAUCCAACACCUCAUGGUGGGACAUUUCACCUUAAACCAAAGAAACUUGCAUAAAAAUUGCAAAGUAACUAGCCAGGAAACUGUUGAUGAAGCUCCACCCACCGGUGACGUAGAGGUCUGCUUUAACGCCAUUCAGCACCGAGGCUCCCGAUCCGGCACAGACGGCCACGGACCUGGACAGCCUUCUUACCUUGCGUGCGUCCCUGUCCAAGGGCCAAACGGAGGUGCCGCAAACCCAAGUGGGAUUUCAUUUUGUUCACUGCUAUUGCCACGGUGACCGGUUGGUCCAAAACACUGAGGCGACCCUGACCGUGUCCCGACUAGGGGACUAGACACAGUCAAAAGUGGGAAAACAAAAUCAGGUAUUCGUUGAAAUGUAUUUGACAGAUCACAUCACGGAGGAAUGAGACUCUAGCGCUGUACUCCGAUUACUGACUGUACUUUGCAAUUUUAUACUUUUGCUAAUUUUCGGGGGGAUAAAACAUGACUGAUACCAAGCAUUUUCAACUCUCAUGGAACAAUUUCCAUCGCAUUGCAUAUAAGAAACGAAAUAAAUGAUUGUCUGUGUUGCUUGGCCCUGCGCACAGACAUGGGUAAGAAGCCCCGGACUGCGGAGACCUAACUAAUACGACUUGUAUCUCACCUUUUCUGCCUUUACGAUGCGGAGAGACCUGUCACAAGCGAUGUCUUUUGCGACUUUCUCAACAACCGCACCUAGGACUGAAGCUCUGCAGUAUAGGUUGACUUGAGUCUGGUUGGAACUACAACUGAAGACAAAUUGGGAAAUGUAUCACAUUCAGGGAUAUAAAAUGCUGCCUAAAGAGUUCAGCUGUUCAGGUCAGACGAGUGGAGCGGCCACACCUGAGGGCAAUGAACAUCAGCCAGCUUUAAAAGCCAAGCAGACGCUCCACCUCGUCACCCGAUCAACUCGUCUGGUUUCGCCGUCCUGUCCUCUGCGCGCUCCUUGUCGGAUUCCACGCCUGCCUCCUUCCGAGCUUCCACGCCUGCCUCCUUCCGAGCUUCCACGCCUGCCUCCUUCCGAGCUCCCACGUCUCACGCCGGCUCAAUUACCCCACACGAAGCAACCUCCAUCAGCCACGCUAUCUCUGGUGUCUUGAGGACCUUGUCAUGCCUCUACCUGUAGCACCCCACGGACAUCAUGUGAACCUUGGCGUUGACCUUCACAUCAUCGUAGUAGUGAUUGGGCAGCCUGUGGCGUCUGUACUGGUGAUGGAACUCGAUCGGAUAAGCAUUUUCCCGAUUAAAUCUUGGUAGCCGCACAUUGUCAGAAAGUGUAUUUACCACCAAAUAAACAGGCACCUUUAAUUAUGAUACAGCAAUCUGUGCAUGGCCAGUGUAACAACAAUAAACAACAUCGGUGAAAUAAACAUCAAAGAUGCUUUGCCACAAGCUUCAACUGCUGGAACUACACUGAAACUGGAAACACGGAUUGCUGUCUGUGGUGGUAAUUGUUAUGAGCUUCCAUUCCUCUGGAUCCCUUCCGCAUCAAUGCCAGGCGUCUCAGGGUCUUAGGUGUUUCGCCCCUUAACCUGAACACCCCGCCUGAGUGGAGCAGCAAAGACUAUUUAGGCUUCACCUGCGGAAGGGUUCCAGGUGUGGGCUUUCCUAUGCCGCAGCCAUCUUGAACUGGACUCAGCUGCUGCUGCA